CUACGUGCUGACGUCAGUUACAGAAGCUCUCGCGCCAGUGUGGCCUGCAGUUCGGACAGCGGUCAGAUCAUCUGCUCAUAAAAUACCUCAAGCUCUCGCCAUGGGAAACUGUCAACCAACCGUUGUUCCUUAUGAAGACUUUGAUGUAGUUGCUGACAUAAAGGCCAUCCGCAAAGCCUGCAAAGGUUUAGGAACUGAUGAGCAAGCCAUCAUAGACAUCCUAGCCAAUCGAAGUGCAGCUCAGAGACUGGAGAUCAAACAUGCAUAUUUUGAGAAAUAUGAUGAUGAAUUGGUGGAGGUUUUGAAGAGUGAGCUGUCUGGUAAUUUUGAGAAUGCCAUUCUUGCCAUGUUGGAUCCUCCUCAUGUGUUUGCUGUUAAAGAGCUCAGGAAGGCCAUGAAGGGCGCUGGCACAGAUGAGGAUGUCCUGGUGGAGAUUCUGUGCAGUGCUACCAAUGCUGAGAUUGCCAAUUACAUAGAAACCUACGUCUAUGUGCAUGACAGGGAUUUGGAGGCAGACAUUGAAGCAGACACCAGUGGGGAUGUUAGGAGACUACUAACAUUGCUUCUCCAGGGCAACAGAGACGAGAGCUACGAGGUGGACGAAGCACUGGCAGAGCAAGAUGCCGUCUCACUGUUUGAAGCUGGAGAGGACUGCUUUGGCACAGACGAGUCAACUUUCAGCUUCAUUCUGGCCACCAGGAACUACUUACAACUGCAGGCCACAUUCAAAGCUUAUGAAGCCAUUUCUGGAACAGAGAUUUUGGAUGCAAUCGAUAAGGAAACCUCUGGAACUCUGAAGGACUGCUACACUACGCUUGUGAGGUGUGCUAAGAACCCCCAGCUAUGCUUUGCCCGGAAGCUGAAUGCCGCUAUGAAAGGUGCCGGAACUGAUGAAGACACUCUCAUCCGCAUCAUUGUGUGUCGCUCAGAGAUCGAUCUGGAGACCAUUAAAGACAUGUACCUGGAGAAAUAUGAUGUGUCUCUAAAAGAUGCCAUCAGCUCGGAAUGCGGUGGAGAUUUCAAGCGCCUCCUGCUGGCCAUCCUUCACUGAGAGAAACACAAUCUGAGUGCUCAUCAUGGACCAAGGAGGCUUUCACUGUUGUCACAAAUUCAAGGCAAACUAACAUGACUGAUUUUCUGUCCUGUUGUCUACAGACAUGUUUUGAUAAAACUUAGUUUAAAGUGGAGAAUUAGUAACACGAUCUUCAAGUACAAUAUGUUUAAUAUGUAUAACAACACUCAAAAAUCUCAUGAGCAGCUGUCCUCACAAACAGAAACAUGUAUUUGUGAACAGUUUCUGUGACAUUCGUUAUUCUUGAGGCAAAAUUGGCCAGUUGGAUUUGUUUAAGUGGAGUCUUGUGGUUUCCAGGAUUACAAAAUAACAUUGGUGCAUUAUGAUGAUUAGAAGUUGAGAAGUUAGAACACAGAUAAUACAAAGCCAGCAUUUUUAUUUUCUGUCCAGUAGCAGUCGUGAUACGCCGCCAGUAUUUUGCCACACUAAAACCUCACAUUUUUCCUGUUUCAAAAUGUCCAUGACAAUGUGAAUUCUGAAUAUGUAUGUGAAUGACUUUGUGAAGCAUGUAGAGAAAUGCUAAAAUUACAAUGUGACAUUCACGGUCUGCAAAACAAUUGCUUAACUAUGAGACUUCUGCAGCCAGUUUGUCCACUUGUGGACAGUUUAUACUCAACCAAUUAGUAUGUUGUUGUAACUAACACAAAACUAAAGUAUUUAUAUUAUUUACAUGGAAUAUUUUAAUAUAACUUACAGUAUAUUUUAAUAUAUUUUUAACACAAGAAUACAGGCUGUUCUCCCAACAAUUAUAUUUGAUCAGAUUAAUAUGAAAAACAUUCACUAUACUGUGUAAGCCAAUGUGUCAUUCAGUGUGACCGAAUUGCAGGAUACUAUUUAAAUGAAACAUAGUUUGACAAGAAAUGGAAUCUGGAGUAGUAUGUCCUGUAUUAACACAAUUGUAUUUCACUCUAUAAAGUAAUUAACUGAAUAAACUAAAGCAGCUCAAAGUUACUGGAUGACUAGCA